AUGCAUGAUGAGACAACAAUUAUAACUGGAGCACUUGAGCUCACUGAGAAAGAAGCUAAAGAUGCCAUGACUCCAAUAUCUGAAACAUUUUCAAUUGAUAAUAAUGCCAAGCUUGACAGCUAUGAUUUUCUGCUUUCGGUCAAGAAUUUAUUGACUGUUCACCCUGUAGAUGAAUUGCCUGUGAAGAGUGUCACUAUACGAAGGAUUCCGAGGUAUCUUAUACAACAACAACAACAACAGAACCCAAUUCCACACCCUCUAUUUAUGCCUGCCUGCCAUUUUGAUAUUUAUUGCUUAAUACUUUUUUCUUUAUCCGUUUGUUUCUCUCUUAAAAUAGGCCCUUUGCCAGAAGUGAAGGUCGACAUUGAUGGUGAGAAACAGCCACAAGAUAAUGCUUUACGACGUAAACGUUCACUGAAAAAGUGGAAGAGCUUUCCUGCUACACCUAAUUCUUUUAAAAGUGGUCCUCGGAGCAGGAAGUGGUCAAAGGAUAUGGAUUCAGAAAUCCUACAUCUAAAUGGCAACCCACCCCCAACACUCCCCGAAGAAGAAGGGUCUGUUGCCAUAAUAACUAUUGAAGAUGUCAUUGAAGAGCUUUUUUACAGGAGGAGAUCUUCGACGAGACGGACCAUCAUUACAAGGACUCAUGAUAAUCGCCUUGCCUUGUUGUGA